AUGUCCCGCAUCUCCUCCGGCCGCACCCGCAAUGUCGACCACCGUGUCACCUCCGAAGAGGAAACACUCACCUCCGACGAUGACCUCGAGCCCUUGCGGCUCUUGCCAGCGGGUGGUCGUCCGUCCCCUGCCCGAGCCUACUUCAUCCGGGCCCUCGCUCUCCUGUGUGCGUGCUCCCUUAGCGUAGGGAGCCAUUAUGCAUCCUAUAUCCUGGGCCCGCUCAAGUCACGAUUGUCACGAGAAAUGGGCACGAAUAACACUGAAUUUUCCCUUCUCAUUUCCGCAUUCUCGCUCAACAGCACCUGGACACCGCUCGUGGGCGGUCUGCUCGCGAGCAGGUUCGGAACCACGACCACAAGUAUCCUUGCCACCGGAGUGAUCUUCCUCGGCCAAGCACUGCUUCUUUUUGGCAAUCUUACCGACAGCAUUCGCUUGAUGACCUUCGGCAUGUGGGUGUAUGGUCUUGGUGUUAGCCCGCUCGCUGUUGUACAGGAGACGAUCAUCGUACGAUUCUUCAAGUCCCAUGGCCUCGGAGUUUCGCUCGCACUGGGCCUGGUUGCCGGUAAAGGUGCAUCCUUCGUAUCCGCUCGGACCUCUUAUCCCCUCUCGGAACGCUUCGGCCCUCAUGCCCCCUUCUAUGCGUCGACCAUCCUAACCGCUGCUUCGUUUCUCGUGAACAUAAUCUAUGUCUGCGCAUCAAAGUGGCUGGUCCGCGGCGCGGGCGCGGAAUUAGAGGCUUCAGAUCUGGAAGAUGAGGCCCAGAACAAUAGGCGCAUCUGUUUGUCGGAAGCCGAGGCCAUCAAGAAGGUAGCCAAAAAGCGCAUGGUGUAUUUGCGCGAUAUCACAAAACUAGGCGAUGUAUUUUGGGCUUACAUCGGGCUCAACAUUCUUUGCGGGGCGAUAUGGGCCCCUUUCACUCACCUGGGCGCCAACAUUAUGGAGAGACGAUACAAAUUAAGCGAAAGAGAUGCAAGCGUCAAGGGCUCUUACUUGUUGGCAGGAAGUAUUGUUCUCUAUCCCAUCGUUGGAUUCCUUGUAGAUCGUGUCAAACAUCGCGGAUUUGUCAUGUACCUACUUACCACAUCUGCUGUCCUCACUCUCCUGUCGUAUCUCUGGCUCGCCUUGCCCCCCGGAUGGACUGGUACGGCGGUUCCUGCGAUCGUGGCUUUCGCUAGCGGGCAUGGAUUCGCGCCUUUACUCCUAGUGGUGAUUGUCCCCAGGCUCGUACCUGCCAAGUAUGUUUCGACAACACUUGGCGCCCACAAGGCUUUGGAGCAAGUUGGUUCGACCGCAUUCCAGACCUUGGCAGGAGUAGCUCUUGAUAUUACCCGCAAAAAGUCGGGAAACCCGAAUACGCCACAGGUUGGCGACAAGAAAGACAUUCAAUACCUACUGAACGCUUUCCUAUUCCUCAAUGUACUCCAGCUUGCAGCGGUCGUUGGCCUUAAUCGACUUGAUCGCCGAGAGAGACGCAAUGCUGCACAACGUACAUUGCCAUCGACCACUGAGGAUGAGGUUGUCGUCACAAACCACACCAAGAACGGCCAGUCUCCCAAGUCUGAAGCUUCUCUUGGCGCUGGUAUAUGGCCGAUCUCUCAGAUCGGCGGUCCUGCACCGUUGUGCGACUUGGGAGAUGCAUGCUGUCGCGCAUCUACCUCCGAUGCCGCAUUGAGUGUGCCUCUUCUACGAGACACCUCUCGCACACCAUCUUACCUUAUGUUCCCUCGCCCUCGACGCAGUGAUUCCGUCUCAUCGAAGGUGCCAAGAUCGAGAGCCGUAUUGCAGCGGGGGAGGGCGUUUGCGGCGCUGUCGGCGAUGCUUAUCGUCUUCGCGUGGGUCCUAUUCCUGGGAACGGCAUAUUUGAAGUUGCGCUCGAAGGAGGAGAGGGGCAGCACGGGCAUUUCUUUGAUGACUUCAUGA